AGAGUGAGAUGGAUAGAUAGUCUUGGCACCAUACAAAGACCGACCGACGGUGGCUCUCCCUCUUCCGUCUUCUGCGCCGCCGUUCAAACCGGGGGACUUUUAAGCUUCACAUUCUUCCAUCCUUGGGCACGGUCACCAAUAACUCUUUUGUCUGGGACUUUAACAUCCCAAUCAAGUGCAGGCCAAUCUCCUAUUGAAACCUUCUCCUGGUCUGUCGUACCACUGCUUGCGCCUGAUUGCAAUGCGGUGAACCGCACCCCGAACCCUCGUACGUUGCUGCUGGUCCAUUCCACCUUCACGUCGCCAUGACUAUCACAUCAGUGCAGGCGGUGCCUUCCAACCGCUUUGCGAUCACCUCAUCGGAAAAAGCCGCUGCGAAACCGCCUCCGAAAAUCUAUAACGUCCAAGACCCUCCUUUCAAAGGCUACCAGCCGCCACAGCCAGAUGGUUAUGAGCAGAGCAGGUCAAAACCCAACACGAACGCUAUCGUGAUUGACAAUGGCUCAAGUCUGGUUAAAGCCGGCUGGUCAUUCGACAAGAACCCUCGUUUCGUCAUCCCCCCAGUAAUGAGCCGGUAUCGCGACCGGAAGCUCAACAAGGCGUGUCAAUUCAUCGGAUAUGAUGCUUAUGUUGAUGCCACUACGCGCGGUCAGCUGCGCUAUGCGUUUGACCCUGGCAAUAGCGUUGUCGGUAACUGGGACGUUAUGGAAGGGGUGCUAGACUAUCUAUUCCUCAAACUGGGAGUCGAUGGGGCGAACGGCGGAGUCGAUCGACCCAUAGUCAUGACAGAACCGAUUGCGAACCUGAAUUACCCCAGGAAAAUGAUGAACGAAAUCCUAUUCGAGUGCUACAAUGCCCCCUCCGUCGCGUAUGGAAUUGACUCUUUGUUCUCUUACCGGUAUAAUCGUGGAACGGAUGGCUUGAUCAUCUCUUCCUCUCAUACGUCUACGCAUGUUAUCCCUGUGCUAAACUCUAAGGCCAUGCUCUCGAACUGCUCACGACUCAAUUGGGGCGGCAUGCAGACAUCGGAGUAUCUUCUGAAGUUAAUGAAGCUGAAGUACCCAACCUUCCCUGCCAGAAUGACCGAAACCCAGAUGGAGGAUCUGGUACACAAGCACUGCUAUGUGUCGACUGAGUACGAUCAGGAACUGAGUAGAUACCUGGAGUGGACAGGGCUUGAAGAUAGAGACCACGUUGUUCAAUACCCAUUUACCGAGCAUGUAGUGGUAGAGAAGUCGGAGGAAGAACUGGCGCGCAUUGCGGAGCGCAAGAAAGAGAGCGGACGUCGUCUGCAAGAACAAGCAGCCAAGAUGCGACUGGAAAAGCUGAUGAAGAAAGAGCAGGAGCUUGAGUAUUACAAGGAUCUUCAUAACGGCCUUCAAUCAGAAACUAAGAAAGAAGCGAGGCGCAUCUUGGAAGCGGAGGACCUGAAAGACGAAGCACAUCUCGAACGGAUCAUCCGCGAUCUGGAACGUUCUAUAAAGCGAUCAAGGAAUAGGGAUCUUGGGGUUGAAGAGAGCGAAGAGCCUACCGAGGAAAUGUCUUUCCCUCUCCUGGACGUACCGGAUGAGCAACUGGACGAGGCUGGCUUGAAGGAGAAGCGCCACCAACGACUCAUGAAAUCUAAUGUCGAGGCCCGACAGCGUGCGAAGGCUGAGAAGGAGCGGGAGAAGGCCCGCCGGGAGGAAGAAGAACGCCUUGAUAGGGAGAAGCGCGAGAAUGACUUCGAAGGCUGGCUCGCUGAACGCAGGGCUAACCGACAGGUCAUCUUGCAAAGGAUCAAAGAACGUGAUAGGUUAAAGGCAGACCUCGGCAACCGUAAGUCAUUGGCUAGUCAGAUGCGCAUGAAAACUCUUGCCAAUCUCGCCUCCGACGGCCCCAAGAAACGAAGACGAGGAGGCGACGACGACGACUUCGGCGCGAAUGACGAAGACUGGGGUGUAUACCGUACUGUGGCUACCGGGGAGCAGAGUGAUGAGGAGGAAGAGGAGGACCUUAGCGGAAUGCUCGAUGCCGCUGAAAAGGAGCUACUCGAACAUGAUCCUGAAUUCACGGAGAACCAUACCCUCGCUGCACAGUCGGACUGGACUAAGAGCCUUGUUCAUGUCUUCCUACGAGGACCUUGGCCAUUUGAUCCGGAAAGUCAACGAGAGGCCCAUCAGUUGCAUCUGAAUGUCGAGCGAAUCCGAGUGCCCGAGGUUGUGUUUAAGCCAUCAAUUGCCGGAGUUGAUCAGGCAGGUGUGGUCGAAAUUGCCGCGGACAUCGUCAACCAACGAUUCACGAACCCGGAGGAUCAAUCUCGAUUGCUGCGCGAUGUGUUCAUGACCGGUGGCAACACGCUCUUCCAAGGCUUCGACGAGAGGUUCCGCAACGAUUUCCGGGCCUUCCUGCCUCUGGACGCCGAACUCAAUGUGCGUCGUGCUUCUGAUCCUGUCCUUGAUGCUUGGAAGGGAGCAGCGCAGUGGGCUUCCAGUGCCGAGCUGGCCAAAUCAUCUAUCACACGGCAAGAGUAUCUUGAGAAGGGCAGCGAAUACCUUAAGGAACAUGAUCUGGGGAACAUCACCACGUGGUAAAUACACCGACAAAGAUGAAGUAUGAUUACGGCGCCUUAAGAUGACGUUGACGUGUUCUAAAAUGGCAUGGCUUAUACGGUGGUGUCGAGUUGCCCUAGCUGAUUGGCGUGCGGCAUAAGUUCAGCAGCAUCAUCUGACAGCCAGUACGUUUCAGGCUGUUACACCAUUGGGCGGUUCGCUCGUAUAGCGACAUUGAUAUCCAUGGCGCGAGGCAAAAAAGAGGGCAAUGGGUUCCGUGACGAACCCAGGAGUCUGGCGUAGGGAAAACAAAUACAUGUACAGAUAUGAAUUCAUCGGAGCCGGUAUGCAUGGGGUUGGCCUGUGAUGUUAUUUUCAAUGCACUGCUGUUACUUCUCACUAGAGCCUCUGUAUUGUUUAAUCAUCUUCAAUCCCUCCUUGCAUAUGAAGUCCUCUCUAUGAAACUGUUCCAUAUCCCUAAUAUUAAGGCACAAGGGAUGCU